UCUAAAUAAAUAAAAGAGAAAGUCAUUAACAAUCAAGCAAAAAUAACUUCAACAGGAGCAAUAAAAUGUUGUCAAGAGUCGUUCAGAGGCUAAACCCUCGCAGUUGCUCAACCAAUCCGUCUAGUAUAUUCUCAAGAUACUUCUCAAGCGAUUGGGGAUCUACUAACUCAGCGUUUCCUGAAAGGACCGAGUUGACUCGGACACCAGUUGUGGUGGAGGGAUGUGACUAUGAACACUGGUUCGUGGUUAUGGAGGCUCCCAAGGGAUACCCACUUCGACAUGAGAUUGUCGACACCUACAUUAAGACCCUAGCAAUGGCGUUGGGAAGUGAAGAGGAAGCCAAGAAGUCUAUAUACUCUGUUUCGACCAAGUACUACUAUGCAUUUGGUUGCAAAGUUUCGGAAGAGUUGGCUUUUAAAAUUAAAUUAUUGUGUUGGUUGCUUGCAGCUCUGCCUAAUGUGAAAUGGGUUUUACCAGAUUCUUAUUCUGGCCACGGUAAUAAUAGCUAUGGAGGAGAGCCGUUUCUUGAUGGGAAGGUUGUUGCAUAUGAUGACAAGUAUCAUUCUGACUGGAUUCGGAUUCAAAAUGAUGAUGAAAGUAAAGGAGCAACUCAUCCAAAAGAAGCAAAAGGAAAACAAAAGAAACAGUAGUAUUAUUGCAGGCAUGCUGCUGCUCUUCAGCUUCUUCAUAUUUGGGUUUUAGAGCUUACUCAAUAUUUUAGGAGGAUUAAAUGAAAAGAAGAAAAUGCACCCGAGUCAGAUGUUACUUGGACUGUCUCGUCAAUGGAUCCUUGGAUAUUUGUUUCACUUAUCCGCUGUAUAGAUUAGUGCUUUUGGGUGAAAUUCAUGGUCAAAAUGAAUCUUUGCACUGCUAAACAAAGCUUUGUAGCUAGGCUUACAAUUUGGGUUUGGACACUGCAACUAAAAGGACCAGAGGUUCCAAUCACCAACCAUUGGCAUAAUACUGCUAUGUUGAAAGGUAGGGAAAAGAUGGCCAGGCAAGCAUUGGUUUCUGUAAUGAAUAUUCAGGAUUAUCCAUCCAGUUGAUAAAUAUUUAGAAAUAAAAAAGACGUUCAGUUUGUCUUUAAUCUGAAGAAAAACCCUUUAAGGUAAGGCUGCAAGUAUUUUUCUUUGCAAGAUUGUAAGGAGAGAAAGAGCUUAAUUUUCAGGCUACUCUAAUUUUUUUCCUUUUAACUUCAUGCCAGCUAUAAAUUGGACAACUAUGUUUGAUUAGAUGAUCAAUGCUUUUUUGUUAUUAAGCUCCCUUUCUAUUUGACAUUCUUUUUCUAUAAGUCAUUCUCAAUACUUGCUCCCUAUGUAUCAAGAUGAUCCGAUAAUAGAAUUUACUUACAAAAAAUGAAUGAAAAAAAUAAGCCUAGCAUAGAAUCUGCUUGAGUCAAAUACGAUCUCAUAAGACAAUUUCAGCGGGUAAAGUUCAUUUUUCUUGGGACAAGAUUGAUGUUAACUGGUUUCCUGAAGUUCCAGUAUGCAAAGCUACAGGCUUGGUCUGCCGGCAAGGCUGUUCUAUCAUGCA